UUAAGACUUCAGAGAAUCGAGUGAUCCUGGUUCUGUAUAUUCCGACAAGACUAACCUUUAUUCCUCUGCCUCUUCUUUAUUCUUUUUUUUUAUUUUUCAAAAACAAAUCACCAGUUUAAGUCUCUGUUUUCGUUUUCUUCAACCUUCAAACGCAAGAUAUUUUUGCUUGCAGAAAAAAACCGAACCUCGUCUUCGAAUUUCGUUUUGUUCCUCCACUUAAUCGGCCACUGACACUGUACAAAUGUCUGAACAUUUUAUGGGCUUAAGCAAGAUUAAGACAGAAAGUUGUGUUCAUGGUUAUGAAUCUGCCUGGUUGAGUCGUUGGACUCCUAGUAACAAAAAUGCCAAGGAGAUUCACCUACCAGAAGAUGGUCACCUAUUGAAAGAGUCAACAGGUCCCAUGAAACUAAAAGGAAAAAUGUUGACUCUAUUUCCUAAUCUUGAUUCACCUGUUCAAAGUGUCGAUGUAAUACCUGACAUGAACAAAGAACCACCUAUUGUUGCGGACAGAGAAAACUCGAUAGAUGGGGAAGAAGAAGAAGCAAGCAGUCAAGCUACUCAAAGUAAGAAUGUGGAACACUUUCUCAACAACAACACCAACUUGCUCAGAGAGUGCAAGCGUAUAUGGUCGGACUCUGAAACCAACAGUAGAUCACAAGUCAAACGUCUGAAGACAAACGCAGCAGAUAACAGGGGAAAUGAAACCAAGAACAUGAUGGUUUUCGAAGAAGGACCAUCAGGGAAGAAGGUGAACCACUUCUUCCACAGUAUAUUCGGAAUGACCAAUCUCGGAUCAAGAAGAUAUCAAAAAUUCUCCACAUCACAAAACAAGAAUCUGAAUAUGGGAGAAGCAGAAGACGUUAACCCAUGGAUUCAGAGAUGGUGUAAGAGAAAAGCUGCAGACGUUCAUGAACCAAGAGGAGGGCAAGAAGUUAACUCAAAUGGCACUGUGCUAGAGAAGCAGCAGUUUCCAAGUAUUGCAGCAAUGGCAAUGAUGAGGAAGGCUCUGAGCGGUAUAAACCCUACCGGUUGUAGAAAGACCAACUCCCUCUUCGUUUGGAAUGCUGAGGAUUUAAGUUGAACAAAUUCUGUCAUGCCAAUCUUGCUGGUGUCAGAACACAACUCAAAACUAGAAUCUACCUACUUCAAAUAAACUUAGAAUUGUACCUGCAAAAGCUAUGAGUAUCAACUCUCAUUACUGCUGGAAUUAUUUUUACUGUGUGACAUAUAAGUAAACUUCAGAGAGCUUUGUUUCCAAACAAUGUUUUGAAUGCGCAAAAUCCAUCUUUUUCAUC